AUGGAUGACUCACCUCCAACACCACCGCUAGUACCGGAGAACAGACCUGAAGUAGGCGAUUGGGUAAUAGAUAUCAUUCGCACGUUUACCAAAGACAAAGGCAAUGAUGUGAUGGAUAAGCUGUUCUUGACAGAUGAACCUAAUUUUGAGGACGUCCAUAAUUUCUUUCGUGAAGUUAAUGACAAUAUCCGUGCUGCCAAUAUGGUUCACGGAACCGAAGACGUUCGUGCCGGCGAGAUUCUAGCACACACAUAUGAGGCAAUGUACCAAUCCUGGAAAAUGGAACUUGCGAAACCUGAGGUUGAAAAUAACCCUAGCGAAGCAUGGAGAGCAUACGACAAAGAGUACCAAGCGUUGGACUACUUCAACCGGGAGUAUAAUCUACCGCUAAGGUGGAAUAUAUCCACAUCCGCUGCAGAGCAGGUUUUCGGGCCACGGCCUUCGUUGGAAGUUCCUGUAACUCCGAUCCCUCAAGGAGAAAGUUCGGAUCUCGAGAGUAGUGGAGAUGAAGGCUCAGAGACUGGGAGCGAGGAUGAAGACCAAAGCGAUGACGACUAUACGCCCUCAGCAAUUGAUCUGCUGGAGGCAAGGGCUCGGAAAGAGGAACGUUCUCUGACUGGUGCGAAGGUCUUGUUCUGGUGGUCGAAGGGGACAGGAACUCAAAUCUUCAUCAGAUAUACUGGAUCCCACGAAUACUACGACAAGAAGCGGGUGACAUGUGUUUUAUCCAGUCGAAACCGAGGCUAUACGAAAAAGCCGGAGGUUAUUGACGGCAUCCUAGGCAAGACCUGGAAGUAUGGCCGAAGGGACAUCUUCAACAUACUCGGUGUGGGCUGGAAAAUCAAGGACGAUGACGACAAAAACGGCAUAGACCCUCUGGAACUUAAGGUUCCAGAAGCUGGUGCGAUCUAUCCAGAAGGCCAAGGAGCUGGAGGAGGCAUACAGAGAAGACAAUAG